AUGCCACGUAUCGUAGUAAAUCCAUAUGAGAUAGCCCCUCCGGACUUCACACUCGCAAGGACAGCCAUAGCGCAAGCCAACGGGGGAACCAAAGAGGAGGCCAGGCAGGCCUUAGCGGACCAGUGGACCGAGCAGAACAAUCACAAGAAGCAAGCGUGGGACGUGCAGGCGGCGGAGGAUCUUCGUGCCCUGACAGAUCUAGAAGCGGUGAAUCUAGCUGAUCAAGAACAGGCAGAGAGAGAGGCAGCCAAAAGGGCAGAGGAGGAGAAAGAGGACACUAAGAAUCGUCCCAAAGUCCUAUCUUACCACCAGGACUGGACCAUCAGCGAUGAACAAGACCUGCACACCGACCACGAUGUACUUGUCAAGCUCCAAAAUUACAAGUACACCGAGCUUUGGUAUCACGGAGCCGACGGCAGAAGAAUGGCCAUGGCGCUCACCAUCUCACAAUCUGAGGACACCAUGCUAUUGGCCAAGAACGGUGAGGGCCUAUCACUCAAGCACACAUCCUCCACCUGGCUGUCCAGGCACUGCAUCCCAGACCGGGAUCUCUCCUGGGAUCAGUUCACGAUCGCAAAAGGCGGGCUGCUCGAAGACAUGGUGCAGGUUGGAUGG